CGUGACAAUAGUGAUACUGUAUUAUUUUAAGAAUUUUAAGUUUUCCAUGUGUAUUAAUAUCAGCUCACCCCAAAAUUUAAUCCCAGCCCACUCUAAAAUUUAUUCCCAACCCACAGCGCAGCCCAGACCAAUGAACUAACCUGCGCACAGAGAAGAAAGAAGCGAAGAACGAAGAUUGAGGCAGAGCGUGCGACGAAGAAGGCGAGAACGGAGAACCUGUGAGCUGCGACGAAGACGAGAACACCAAGCCACCAGCCACCAGCCACCAGCCACGCCUUGUUCCGCCGUACACUCCGUGCUUCCGUUUUCCAGCGUCCUUCGACUCCUUUCUCUCUGGCUCUGCCUACAGCUCUGGCGCAGCUAAAGCAUGCCUAAGGUGAAGACAAACCGUGUCAAGUACCCAGAAGGAUGGGAACUGAUCGAGCCUACUCUUCUUGAGCUACAAGCUAAGAUGAGAGAAGCUGAGAAUGAUCCGCAUGAUGGGAAAAGGAAGUGUGAGGGUUUAUGGCCCAUCUUUAAAAUUUCUCAUCAGAAGAGUCGCUACAUCUUUGACCUCUAUUACAGAAGGAAAGAAAUUUCUAAGGAAUUGUAUGAGUUUUGCUUGGAUCAGGGUUAUGCAGACCGCAACUUAAUUGCCAAGUGGAAAAAGCCAGGGUAUGAACGCCUAUGCUGUUUGAGGUGUAUCCAACCUCGGGAUCACAACUAUCAGACCACUUGUGUGUGUCGGGUUCCUAAACAUCUUAGGGAAGAGGAGGUCAUAGAAUGUGUCCAUUGUGGCUGCAAAGGGUGUGCGAGCGGAGAUUAAUGUCUUAUUCCUGCUAUUUAUAAGUAUGACUAUGGGGGCUUAUAUGAUGAUGCACUAAUUAAUUAGCCAUAUGUGAAAUUGGUUUUGUGCUACCUUCCCUUUUCGUUCUUUCUUGUAUUCAACAAGCAUUAUUAUGGCUUGAAGAUAAAUCACUAGUCUUGUCAGAUUAACAGAGAUUUUAUGAUGAAAUUAUAUGUAUACGUAUAUAUAGACUUGUCCGCGCUCCGAACUAGAACCGAAACCAGAACCGCAC